AUGGCCGAUGUCAAGCCAGGACCUUUUCAGCGCUCGCUUGGAGCUAGCGCUAUCGGUACACCACCUCAGAUCUUUAACUCUGUGCUCUUUCUUGGCACAACGAUUUUUGGCAUUCUCGGAGCUGCUCGUGGGUUUGACGAGGGCAAUAUCUCUGGCAUGUUGGCAUCUCCCGCUUUCCAAGCACUCUUUGGUCUCAAGAAAGACGCCACGCAUACCGCCCAGCAAGUAGCUGAUGUCAAGGGCAACAUCUCUGGCAUGGUGCAAAUAUGCUCUAUAGGUGGUGCUCUCAUUGCUUUCACAAUCACAGACAGGAUUGGUCGUGUGUGGGCUCUUCGUCAGCUCUGUGUCCUUUGGAUUGGCGGUGUCUUGCUACAAAUCUUUGCACAAAACAUUGGCAUGCUAUAUGCCGGCCGCGCCCUCGCUGGCCUUGGUAUUGGUCAAACGACUGUGGUGGGCCCCACUUACCUCGUUGAAGUCGCCCCUCGUCAAAUCCGUGGUCUUUGUUCCGGCAUAUUCUCUGGCUCAGUCUACCUUGGCAUUAUGCUUGCCUACUUUGCCAACUAUGGGUCGGCUCUUCAUCAAGUGGGUCGUAUUCGGUGGCAGAUCCCAAUUUCCCUCCAAGCUGCAUUCGCCGGUAUGGCAUUGGUGCUUUCAAUUUUUGCCAUCGAGUCGCCUCGUUUUCUCAUCAUGAAAGGUAAGCACGAACAAGCCGCCAAGAACCUGUCAAAGCUGCGCGGCCUCCCGAUCGAGCACGAGUAUAUGCAGUCAGAGCUUGUCACUGUGACUGAUGCUCUUGAGAAGGAGCGUGCCAUCAUGUCAGGACGCACUCUUACCGGUCGCAUCUUUGAGAUUGUAGGCACGCACUCCAACCGUUUCCGUUUGUUUGGCAUUGGAAUCAUGAUUCAGCUCUUGGGUCAGUGGUCCGGCGCAAAUUCAAUCACCGUCUACGCGCCUGAGUACUUUUCUCUUCUUGGCAUUCACGGCACGGAGACUGGGCUGUUGGCGACUGCAGUCUUUGGCGUCGUCAAGCUCCUUUCCUCUCUCAGCUGUGCCUUUUUCCUCAUUGACAGAAUCGGUCGAAAGCGCUCGCUGUACAUUGGAGUUGGUCUCCAAGCCAUCUCAAUGCUGUACAUCGCAGCCUUCCUUACUGCGGCUCCAGAAAUAUCCUCACCGGAGGUGACAAACCACAGUGCUGCCGUGCGACAUGCCAGCGUAUUUGGCAUCAUGAUGAUCUACGUCAACGGCUUUGGCUGGGCCAUGGGUUACAAUUCAAUCCAAUACCUCAUCAACUCAGAAAUCUUUCCUCUUCACCUACGUUCACUAUCUGCGUCGAUCAUCAUGGCCGUUCACUUUGCCAACCAAUAUGGAAACUCAAAAUCAGUGCCCACCAUGCUUUUACCUAGGUCAGAGGGCGGCAUUGGACCAGCUGGAACAAUGUGGUUCUUCGUCGUCAUUUGCGCCCUCGGUCUCAUCUACAUCUUCUUCUUCUUGCCAGAAACUGGUGGCUACACUCUUGAGGAGAUGGAGGACAUCUUCAACUUUCCCUGGUGGCAGAUUGGACGCAGGUCAAUAAGCCUACGUCGUUCUGGAGAUUCGCGUCGGUCUUCAGGCGGAGAGGAGUCGGUUGACUGCGAAAAGUCUGGAGGUCAGCAUAUUGAGACAAAGUCUACAUGCAGCAAUGAUGCAUAUGUGACGAAGUAA